UUUCUUCUGUCAGAAAAAGUAAAAAUCUAACCUCAAAAGUGAAACUGAAAUACUGGUGAACAAAAUUUUAAUUGUUGUUCCUAUUUUAUAAGUUAAUAAACCUUAUAUUCCUAAUAAAAACUAAAGUAUAACAAAGAUACAGCCUUCCAUUAAUUUUUAAAAAAUGGCGGCACCACCUGAAAUGAGUGAAGCUGAUCAAAUUAAAACGUUCAAGGAUUUUCUAAUGCAAUACAACAAGUUGUCAGAAUUAUGUUUCAAUGACUGUAUUCAUGAUUUUACUUCGCGAACAUUAAGACCAACUGAGGAAAAGUGUACUCUGAAUUGUAUGGAGAAGUAUUUAAGGAUGAAUCAGAGAGUUUCACAAAGAUUCCAUGAAUUCCAGAUGAUUGCCAAUGAAAAUAUGUUAGCGUUGGCACAAAAAUCAGGCAAUCCUAGCUAGUGAAUUAUCAUAUUAUAGUUGCAUUUCUUGCAUUUCUUAUUUAGGUUCUUCAAAUGUUAAUGAAUAUAGUGUUGUUGAAUAAAAACCGUGUUUUAAGUUGUUUCA